AUGGCUGAUAAUAAGGAAGGAGGGAUUGUGAAGAAGGGCGACGAGGAAGGCCUAAAGAUGGCCGUUUCGUUGCUGCAAGAGUAUGAACUUCCGGCAGGGCUUCUCCCACUUCAAGAUGUGGUGGAAGUAGGGUAUGUGAAGAGCACAGGGUACAUGUGGAUAGUGCAGAAGAAGAAGGUGGAGCAUGAGUUCAAGAUGGUGAAGAAGCUAGUGAGCUAUGACUCAGAGAUCACAGGGUUCAUAUCAAAGAAGAAGAUCAAGAAACUCAAGGGUGUGAAGGCCAAAGAGCUUAUGCUGUGGCCACCAGUGAGUGAGAUCAGUGUUGAUGAUCCACCAACUGGGAAGAUCCACUUCAAGAGCCUUGCCGGAAUCACCAAGACUUUCCCGGUUGAGGCCUUUGCCGCCGGCCAGUAA